CACAUGCAUGUUUGCUUGUUCAUACUUGUACAUAUAUUUAUAUUUGUGAUCUGUUUUAAUAGUGUCUUUCUUUUCCCUCAUCUUUACAUUUCAACUUGUUGGAAGAUUUCUGUUUUGAUAUCGUUGGGAGUGUUGUCUUUGGCAUUCAGAAAGCAUUAUAUAUUAACAGCCUCAGCGAGUAUAAUCAAUGCGCUGUAGGGCCUGCAGUGGUUUAAGGGGAUUUAUGGGUGCCUUUGCAAAAUGUGUCAAAAGGCAGCCAUCUGGCCCCCACCCCCUUCUCAUUUGUGACACUGUCAGUCAGCUGAGCGUUAGCUCAGCCUGCCGGCUCUGUCAGGAACAUGACAGCUGGGUGACUGAUGGUACCUUGCUAACUCUGUGCAGCUUGUGAUUUCGCAUGGGGAAGGCUCCACAGACACCCAGCUACUGUGCCGUUAAUGCAAGCUCUGGUCUCAAUGGGGCUGAAGCUUCUUGGGGAUAAAAACUAAGACUGUAUUGUAAACUGUUUGCAGAGGUUGAAGGAUUUUGCAAAUUGUGGAACGCAUUUAUCUAUGAUUAUAUUCCAUAUCUGAUCAACUCACUGGCAAGUACUUUUCCUGAUCACCACCAGAUGUCAGCACAACGCCUGUUAUUAUUAUUUAUGGAGCCAUAGUGGCUGCCGUUUCACUUAUGCAGUUUUCCUGUUUUAGGUUCAUUAAAAUAAAUCUCACAUUUAUUUAAAGUAGUUAACAUUUUAAAUAUGUUAACCCCGACAACAGCACCUUUUUCUGAUCCUGUAGUUGCUGUAGGUAGAGUUUCCUCCCAAAAACUGCAUGGCUCAAAAUAAUUAAAUCAAAUGUGAUAAAAGUUCAUUUACACAGAGAAUUAUUACGUGUAUUACAUAUUUAGGGUUAAAUUCCCGUGACUGAAUCGAUGCCGGCCCGCGUCCUUGCCCACCUGUCCGGGGGAGGGGCCCCGGUCCCUGGUCCCUGGUCUCAGGAUCGUCGCAGCAGGUCGCUCUGGUUCCUGUCGCUGAUCCCUCUCAGCUGACGUCAGGAGAAAUGGCGGACCAGGAUGGCAGCGACACAUCUCCUCCGGAGUCCCAAGCAUCCUACUCCCAGUACAAGUCGGAGGACGGAACCCUGUCUUCAGCGACCCGUCCCAGCUCUGCGGGCUCCGGACAGACCUACACUCCCACUCUGACCCCCACGCCCACCCCCAGUCGCGCCACCACCAGCAACAGCCCCAAUAACAAUGCUGCCACCAAAACAGACUCGUCGCUUUUUAACAAGAUUGACGAGAGGCUGCGGCAGGCCCGUGAGCGGCGGGAGGAGCGUGAGAAGCAGAAUGCUGCCAAGGAGGCGCAGUGGCAGGCACGUGAGGAGCGAGCCAAGCAGCACUACGAGAAGCUCCUGGAGGAGAGGAGGAGAAAGCUGGAGGAGCAGCGGAUAAAGGAGGACAAGAGACGCGCUGCCGUGGAGGAGAAACGACGGCAGAAACUAGAGGAGGACAAGGCUCGUCACGAGGCUGUUAUCCGCCGGACGCAGGAGAGGAGCCAGAAAACCAGACCGAAGUCAAACCGCUGGUCCUGGGGAGGCGCUCUGCACACAAACACACCCAGCACACCAGCCGGUUUUGUCGAGUCGGCUUUCCUCUAUCCACUCGACCUUGCUGGACUGGAGCACAUGCAGAGUGCUUUCAGUGUCUGCUGCCGAUACGGAAUGACGGCUCAAUAUGCUGACAGACGGUCAGUGUCCACAAUGAAUUUAUCCAAACACACAGAUCCUGUCAUUACCAAGCGCCUCUCCUCCUCCUCUGCCACACUCCUACACUCACCGGACAGAGGCUUACACAUGAGGACAACCUCCUCCCCUGUUAUAAGCAAAGCUCAAUCCAAACCCCGCCUACAUCCGGGGAAGACCACCCAGCACAGAAACACAGGGUUGCGCCGCCUCCCCUUGACGCCAUGGGAGAGCAACGUGGUGAACCGCCUGCAGCAGCCGACGCACUCCUACCUGGCCCGCAGCCGCAGUGCCAUGAGCCUGUCUGGAGAGCAAACAUCCUUGCCUGUGUGUCCUCGCUCAGUGUCCUGCCACCCCAUGGGCUCCAUGUCCUUUAAGGCCCUGCAGGCCCAGCCGCUCCCUCACUGCCGCAGCCACGAGAGGAGCCUCAGCAGGGAGACGGCGUCCUCGUCUUCCACCACCCCGCGGAGGAGGACGACCGGACCGACACAACAGAAGGAAAGAGACCAUGUCAGGAAGUCGUGGAGCAACCUGUCACUCCCACUGGCUCCCAUUCUGACUUUGCCCCCGAGCAAGCGCGCCUCUUCUCCAAGCAAGAGGAAAAGCAAAGUGACGGCACCCUCUCCUGGCAGACCUCCACAGAAGCCAGUCGGCCGCCCUCCAACUCCCAAGCUGCUUAAGUCUCCGGGGGCAGAAGACCCUGGAAACCUUCGUCCCGUCAGGGUCACACCGGAGAGCUCCAAACCUUCAACACCCACCAGAGCCCAGGAGGAGGAGGAGGAGGAGGAGGAGGAGGACGAGGGCUAUCAGGUCCUCAGCCCCCCUCAGCCUCGUCCUCAGCCGCUGGGUCAGAACAAGCCUUCCACCGAGCAGGCACCAGCAGCAGCCAGCGCGAGGGUAAGCAGCCCUCCAGCUCACAAACCCUCAGCAGGCACCACAGAUCCAGAGGAGGCCAGUCGCAUCCUGGCUGAGAAGCGCCGGCUGGCCCGAGAGCAAAGGGAGAGAGAGGAGGAGGAGCGCAGGCAACAGGAGGAGCAGGCGAGAAUAGCGAAGGAGGAGAUGGCUCGCCGCAAGGCAGAGGAAAGGGCGAAGAGGGAGGAGGAGGCUCAACGGCAGGCGGAGGAGAGGAGAAGGAAGGAAGAGGAGGACAAGAAGAAAGCUGAAGAAGAGAGACUUCAGAAAGAGAGAGAGGAGGCAGAAAAACUUCAGAAACAGAAAGAGGAGGAGGAGUCUAGACAGAGGGAGGAGGCCGAACGACUCAGACAGGAGAGAGAGAAACACUUCCAGAAGGAGGAGGCUGAACGUUUGGAGAGAAAGAAGCGUCUUGAGGAGAUCAUGAAGAGGACAAGACGUUCAGACACAUCAGAAAAGAAAGUCAGCAACGGAGACGGUGCAGUGACCCCUGCCCCCCCUGCUCCGUCUGCAGUGACAGUAUCACACAAUAGCAACGGCCGCCAGCCCGAGCCCAGCACAAACCCCAGCAGCACAGCACUGAGCCAUCCCGACCAGAGGGAGAACGGAGAGUUUGAAGAGGUGAUUUCACUGCCCCCACAACCCAGGCUGUCUCCUCCUGAAGGGGAAGAGCAGCAGCAGCCGGAGGAAGAGGGAAGAGUUCCUGUUGUAGCGUUCACAGAAAACGGCCUCCUGAAGCCUCUGAGUGGAGUAGAGGAGAUAACAGCCCAGCAGGGACCUGACGUUGCCUGAUGCCCUGAUCAGACACGAUGACUCCACACCUGUAGAGACGGGAGGACAGGAUAGAGAGAGAAGUGGAGAAACAAGGAGCUGUCGGACUGAAUCAAAGGAAGGACUCACAGCACCAGAUUCUUACUUCCUCACCUUCCCGCGACAGACGAGCACCGCAGCCACUUCCCAAAGAUGGUGUCUCCAAAGAUCUCCCCAAAGCGUCCCCAGAGAGAAGCCUUUUCCCCGGGACCAACUCGAGGGAAGAGCUCGUCUCUCCGUCUCUGACCUCGAUUACACCGGGUCGUAAUAUUUGUUGUGCGUGCACCCCCAGCUUCCACCGACGUGGACGUCCUGACGUCACGGGAGGACUUCGAAAGGCCGACUGUGACUCUCAAGAUGUGUGAUUGUGAGUGUGAAUGAGAAACUGAUAAUAAUGUAAACUGAGAUCUGAUACUUGAAGAGAUUUUUUUUCUUUUUUUUUUUGCUGUAGACAUGCUGCAAUCAGAUGGGACUUUAUAACGGGAGCUUGUACAACACUGAGAAUUAGCAGGUUUCAUUAAUGCACUGGAACCUGGUAAUUCUCACCUUUCGACAUUUCUGUUGAAAUGUUACAGAAGAGAUUGAAUAUAGGAAUGAAUAAGUUGUAUUGAGACUACUGGAAAGAGUCGUGUAAUGUAAUAUAUUCUGCUGUGUCUACAGUGUUUAAAACUAGAGGUUAUUAUUGGGUUGAGACGGGGGGUGAUGGAGUAUUAUGGACUUUAGGUUUAAUAAUUACAACACGUUCUCACCGAGACAACUGAGAAUUAGAGUGUAAACAUCAGAUUUUUUGUUUAGGUCUAUUUAAUUGCUGUUAAGAUAAAACGUGAUUCUUUAUUUUGUCCUUCACUUUAUCUUCAAAUUGAAGCCCUUAUCAUUUGUCUACCCUUCUCGUUUAAACCCCGUCAACGCUGCACCUGCACCGUGCUUGUAGCUUUGGCGGUCGCCCUUUGUUUUGGCCACGUGAGUUUAAAAAAAAAAAUGUAUUAAAAGAAUUAACAUGUGAUGUUAAUGUUGAUAAUAAUAAUGUGAUUCAUUUGAAAUUCUGGAUUAAGGAUUUGAGAAGAAGUGCUGCUGCUUUUGAUCCUCCUAUGCCUUACUGCAUCGUAGAAGGAAUGAGGUGACUUUGAUGAAGAUAUGCAUUCCUAGUACGACACUGUGGCCACGUGUCCAAACCAUCCAGUGGCUUCCUUUUCUCGAUUUAUUUUAAAGCAUGAAAGGCGGUAAUUAAAUGUUCUUUCAUCAUAUAAGAGCUCUGAUGUUAAACUGCUUAUCCUUUGAGGUUUUUCAUGACAGACUGCUGAACACCGGAACCUGCACAUCACACUUCUUCUCACCAACGCUGCUCUCUUUGCAUCAUGCUCUCAAACUUUUGCACUUUCGUUUCCUUUUCCACCCUUAAAAAAAUGAAGCAACUUUCAGAUGUCUGUUAUGUACUGCGGCUCUCUGUCAGUAGUACGUAGCAUGCGGGUAACUUGAUCCUCUAAAUUAUGUAUAAAAGUAAAUAUUUUACGAAGACCACAAGAGCCCUUUGGUUCAGAGGCUGUGGGACGAGGUCUUUGAGCCACUGAAACACUGAGUUCUCUGGACAACUCUUACAGCUGUACUGUUUGGAAAGUAAAUAAAACUUUUUGAAUUGAUUACCUA